CGCGAUGACAUCAUCAAGUAGUUGCCGUCCACACCCUUUCGCCAUAUUUCCAGACCAACACACGGAGAGAAAGGGGAGAGGUUAGAAAUUAAUGUUGUUGGGGGCACAGACAUCAUCUGGAUCGACUCAUAAGGGAAGACCGAAAACCUGUAAACUGGAAGCACGCGGGGAACCAAUAUAAAACACAUCAAUUUGAUAUACACGCAGACACUUCCAUCCCUACUCGAUUCCUAUUGGAAGCAAUACAUCUCUUCUCCAAAGAUGGCAGCUAACAAGCCUAAAGGACAGAACUCCCUGGUUUUACACAAAGUGAUCAUGGUCGGGAGUGGGGGUGUAGGAAAAUCAGCGUUAACGCUCCAGUUCAUGUAUGAUGAGUUUGUGGAAGACUAUGAGCCUACCAAAGCAGACAGCUACAGGAAGAAAGUGGUGCUGGAUGGGGAGGAAGUGCAGAUUGACAUUCUGGACACUGCUGGACAGGAGGACUAUGCUGCUAUCAGAGACAACUACUUUAGGAGCGGGGAGGGCUUCCUCUGUGUCUUCUCCAUCACAGAGCUCGAGUCCUUUGCAGCUACGGCAGAUUUCAGAGAGCAGAUCUUGAGAGUGAAGGAGGAUGAAAAUGUCCCUUUCUUGCUGGUGGGCAACAAGUCAGAUUUGGAAGACAAGAGGCAGGUCUCUGUGGAAGAAGCAAAAACACGGGCUGAGCAGUGGAGCGUAAACUAUGUGGAAACAUCUGCAAAAACACGAGCCAAUGUGGACAAGGUUUUCUUUGAUUUAAUGAGAGAGGUCCGCGCACGGAAAAUGGAAGACAGCAAAGAAAAGAAUGGAAAGAAGAAGAGGAAAAGCCUUGCCAACAGAAUCCGAGACAGAUGUUGCAUUUUAUAAUGGCAGGGUCACGUCUUCUGUUAUAGAUGUUGCAUUUUAUAAUGGCAGGGUCACGUCUUCUGUUAUAGAUGUUGCAUUUUAUAAUGGCAGGGUCACGUCUUCUGUUAUAGAUGUUGCAUUUUAUAAUGGCAGGGUCACGUCUUCUGUUAUAGAUGUUGCAUUUUAUAAUGGCAGGGUCACGUCUUCUGUUAUAGAUGUUGCAUUUUGUAAUGGCAGGGUCACGUCUUCUGUUAUAGAUGUUGCAUUUUGUAAUGGCAGGGUCACGUCUUCUGUUAUAGAUGUUGCAUUUUAUAAUGGCAGGGUCACGUCUUCUGUUAUAGAUGUUGCAUUUUAUAAUGGCAGGGUCACGUCUUCUGUUAUAGAUGUUGCAUUCUAUAAUGGCAGGGUCACAUCUUCUGUUGCCCUACCAAAGCAACCCAGUUUGUUAGCAGGCCUGUCAAAAGGCUUGAGGAACUGAAUUAACACAUACAGUUUUUGGGGGGAUACAUCUACACAUUGCUUAAACAUACACAAAAAAAGCAUAAAUUCAGAACUACGGGAGGCAAAGUCUCCCAAAUGUUUCAUGUGGUGCCAGUAAAGGAUCACAGUGAACAUAUCAUCAUGAAUUCCUUUCUCUCAGACUAGGGGUACUUUGACAUAAUAACACUCGUAGACCAGGCAAUGUCUUUCUUAUUCACUGGAAACCACAGGACUUCUUUCACAUACACCAGACUUUUCUGUUUUUAACAUCUUCUAAUGCUUUGAUUUUUAAAUUGUGAAUGUCAACAGCAGCGUCCUAUGCGCCUUCUGCUAAUCUCUCAAUAUGCAAUUUUAAGUAGCAAACCUGAGUCAGACAUUGCCUUUUUUCCUCUAUCUUUAGCUAAAUUGACAAUAUCUACAGCUGCUGUAGUAACAAAAAAAAGCUAUUGUGAAUAAAUAUUUGACUGCCUUAAUUUAACAGAAAACCCUACAUUGGUAGAGUGAAGUGUGACUAUUUGUAUGCAUACGAUAUUGUGAAUAGGUGUUUGCAAGUGGUAUCUAUAGAUUUCUAAUGUGUGCCAUAUACGAAUAACCCAUGAUCUUUAUUAACAGAUCUUAGUUACUGUAUUUUACUGGUUGGUUCUGUUUACAGAGUGUGGACUUAAAAGCACAUUAUGAAGUGCUCUGGAGGGUAUCGGGUCCUCUAGAGAGACUGGGUAUUAAUUAUUUUAAAAAGCUUAAUUGAAUUCUAUAAAAACAAAUAAUAAUAAUGAUAAUAAUAAAGUCCAAGUCCCCUAAUUUGCAUACCCCGAGAUAUGUAUGAAACUUGCAAUUACUGUUGUCUUGCAUUGACACAGGGGCCGUGGGGGACCAGUGCUUCAUGUUUUGAGGCGUGUUUGUGUGACUGAAGAGCUCCUGUAUGUCCAUCGGACAAAACAUGCUUCAGGUAAACUGGAAUGUUUGUGUAGACUCUCCCGCAAUGUGAACUAGCCAGAUAACCUACCUGAAAAAGAUGCAAUGUAAAAGUGCCACAGCACUUACGUAUUGUACUCUAGGGAUUUGUGAAUCUUUUAAAAUUGUUUUUGGUGUGGUAGGUUUUUUGUUUCACUGGUGAUCCUAUUGGGAACACACUUCCAUAAACUGAUCUUAUGCAGAAGGAAUAGGAAGAUUUCCUACCCGCUCCACCAACAGAAUUAUGUUAUGCUGUAAACUUUAAAUAAAGAAUAUGUAGCAGGGUUCCAAAAAAUAAAUACAGCGUUACACGUCCCCACGUGUUGCUACAAAUGUUUAAAUAACGUACCUGUCGUUUCUUUUCAUUGUUAACAUCCUGUUUCAAAGCUAUUUUCAAAAUGCCUGCUCUAGUGCACUGAGGUUUGAGAUCUGUCCUCCUAAAUUACUGCAGGAAGAAAAACAGCAUAAAAAUUGCUCUGGCUUUUCUGUUCCGUACCACAUCAUGGAUCGUUAUUGAUGUGUUACGUGUUUAACAGUGUGGGCAAUAAUCCUUACACUAUCGGGGGCUCUAGAGCAGACAUUUUGAAAAGCGCUUUGAAACUAAUUUUAUAAAAUUAUAAGUGUAAAAAGGUGUCGAUGUUAACAAUGAAAAGGAAAAUUACAGAUAUGUCAUUUAAACAGUUGUAGAAACACAUGGGGAUGUAUAAUGCUAUAUUUUUCAGAACCCUGCUACUUACUCUUUAAAUGGCAAACAAAGUGCAUCUCCAGCUUCUGAUUUGUAAAAUGUAUAAUUCCUAGUCCCUUAGACCUUCAACAAUGUAGUAGGCAUCAAACUAAAAAGUCAGCACUUAAUUUGGCAAUGAGCUUGCACUGAUUUUAAAAUAUUAUUUAAAAAUAUAUAUAUAUAUUAAAAAAAUAAAUAAAAAAACCACUUCUGUUGAUGAUAAUAAUGUAUGGUAGUUGUGAUACCUUUAUUCCUAUGCAGAUAAGACAAAAAAUGGUAGGAUGUAGACAUGGUGUAUUUGUAUUGUUUAGUAGAAAGGGACACUCAUCGGGUAAUGGCGUUGAACCAGGCUAAAGUAAACCAUAGACCAUUUAGUGUAGCUAUUUAAUUGACCAUCUGUUUUGCAACUGUAAUAAUUGGUGACUGCUUUUUCCUUAAGGCCUCAAGGUUGUAAACUAAUCCCUUGAUGUGUUAGCUUCAGUUUAAAAAAAAAAUAGAAAUGCUUAUAAACUUGACCACACUUCAUGGGAAGAAGCCUGUCAAUCAAUUCAUUGUAAUCUUAACCUUAAACAAAAACAAAUUUGUUUUUUUAAUAGUACAUGGCAAGCCUCUUUCUGUUAUUUUCUUGUUGAGUUCAUGGAAGAGUUGCAUAAUAACAUGACUGAUUGGAGGAGAGGCUGAGAUCAAAUUUUAAUUAUAGCAACACUACCUUCAAAGCAGCUAAGCUGUAUCAAAUUACAAAACAAACAAAACCUGAAUGUCAGUGGAUUCUCAUCCUGGAUAAACAAAUAAAGGUUUGAUUUAGCAUCCUGGAUAAACAACUGCAUUGAACUGUGAUACAGACAAGUAAGCUCUUGUCAAUGUUGUUGUGGUUUUUUGUUUUUUUUUGGUUAUUGUGUGGUCGUUUUUUAAUAGUACAUGGUAGUUCUUCACAACUGUUCUUUCAUGAUAGCACAUACAGUGCAUCUCUUAUGAGAUGGCCAGGCAUUGAGAUACAAGCUUGAAAUCAUUCUUCUAAUUUGAUGAAUAAGAAUGUUCUAGUAAACUGCUAGAAACAGUUCCCAUGGAGCGUGGUUCUUUUCAAAACCAAAAAAUUGAGACGAGGAAAUCAAAUACCCUAGCAUCUGAGGUAAGGUUUACUGCACUUAAUUUCAGUUUAGCAAGGCGAGUAUUGAACUGCUUCUAAACAGUUUCUGUAAAAUUAAUGCAGUAGGCAAAUAAACUAUAGAACUGUUGUAUGUUGGCUACAAAUGUGCUUGAGGAGCAAAGAAAGAAAUCAGUUCCAUUAACUUAUUACUUGUAUGACGUGUAUAAAGACUUCAGUCCAACUCUGUAAGAGAAAUUAACAUACAACACAUAUGUAGAUACACAAGAAUUUAAAAAUAAGUGAAGGUGGCGCGGGGUGGGGGGGGGCAGGGGCACGUGCAUUUAGUGCAGGGUCAUACUGAUUUUAAACCUGCCUGUAAAUGUGUGUCUGUUAGUGAACUGCUAUGGCCAAAGGUUUGCAUUGCCCUAUAGAAGUAACUCAUUUUGCUUCAUAAAGUCAAAUGAAACCUGACGGAUAAUGUUAUGUUAAUAUAUUGAAUUACAUACCGCUUUGUAGUUUUCCAUAUACCGUACUUAACGAAAAUAUGACGUUCCGAAAUCGAACAUGAAAUACUAUGCUACUAUGAUGGCUUCCGGUGGACUUUUGCAAUAUAAUUUUGUAGUUUCUUUGAUUACAUGAUGUUAAAAAAUAAAUAAAUUAAAUUAAAGUAAGAAUAAUCUAAAUUGUGUCAAUUCUACAAUUCUAGGUGAUGCAACACUUUUGGCCAUAGCUGUAUGUGUGACUGUGAUUUAAAGGGUUAAGGAAUUAUGUCAUACGCUUUUCGUAUUUAUUUAGUUUGUAUUGCUUUGCAGCUAGAUGCUAACGUCUGAAUUUCAAUGUGAACCUUUGGGUGGUCUCUCUUUUAUUAAUGUUGUGCAGAUGCUUUGUUGUGUAGCUCCACAUUUCUUAACAAUUCUGAUUUAACAGGGAUCCUAAAACCACUAAUAUUGUGACUUGCUGUAGCUGUGCGACCUGGGUACUGAUAUGCAAUGAUGCUUACUGAUGUACUGAACAUCUCCUGUUUUUGAGGCUGAUGCCCUUACCCACUCCUUUUUCAUUGCUGUACUUUUUGAGAAAAAAAUGAAAUAAACAACUUUUUUUUUUUUUUAAA